AGUGAAUUGAUUAAAUAGAUGUGACUUGUGUCAGUAAGAUGUUCUGUUUUCAGACGUUAAAGCCAACAAAAAAAAAAAAAGGGUUCUUAAGUGUGCUCAACCAGCUUUAUGAGGUCUUCAUUGUAGAGGGAAAACCUGCAUAUUUCACCCCCACGUCAACAGCAAUUGAGGUCAGGUAGCCUAUAUUUCAGAGCGUGAGUUGGGGUGAAUCAUUGCAGCUCACCUUUACUGCGCUGUGAGUGGUGUUUUUUUCUAUAGUGAGUGGAAGUUUCAUACAGAGGUUAGUGGUAUAAAAUGAAGAGAAGACAGAAGGCAGAAAAACCCAGCGUCUUCUAAUAAGUUUACUUCAAGUGAGAAGAGCCAGUUUUUUUUUCCCCAGCAAUCUGAUAAGGACCAUGGCAGUGGCAGGUUGGGUCUUCCUUCUGGCUGCCCUGUUGUCUCUGGGAUUUGCACACAACCACAGUGGGGAGGCAGAGAUCUACCAUGUAAGUGCUGGACGUCUCUUCAUGCUGAGGUGUCCCAAUGCUGAUUCUCACACCAACAUAACUUGGAGACGAGAUGGGAGACACAACCAGAGCCUGCCUACUGGAGUGGAAGAGAGGGACGGGUUACUGUGGUUUCUACCUGUACAGGUGUCUCAUAAUGGAUCCUACACAUGCGAGAAAAGGGAUGAAACUGGUUCAUUCAGGAUUAAAGUUGGGGUGUCAGUGUCAAGUGGAAAGUGUCCUGAUCCAUUAGAGACCAUAUCCAUCCCAGAGGCUGUCAGUGACGGUCUGCCUUGCAAACAGAGUGAGAUCUUUGGGUUGAAUAGCACAAGGAGUAUACGAUGGAUGAAGGACUGCGGCCCUGUGAAUCGUCAGGGAGAGGACAUCUCUGUGGAAGGGGACGGUUUCAUGAGACUGCCGUCAGCCUCACAGGGGGAUGCUGGGAUUUACACCUGCCUGGUGGAUAUAAACUUAGACGGCAGGAAUUACACGGCGGCACGCAGCAUCAAGCUAACUAUUACUGACGGAACAGUUACUCCAGAGGCCAAGGUUGUGACCCCUCAACAGGAAGUGGUCGUAGUUGAAGUGGGAGGAAAAGCUGAGCUGAAGUGUUUGGCUUACAUUGGCUUCAGAGAGAACAGUGAGGAUGACAUUUACUGGACUGUUGGCGGGACCUUCGUUGAGGACAAUGAGGGAUUCCACGAGUCCUGGAAAUAUUCGCAUAUCAGUGGCCGUGUGUACGGUAUGUCCACUCUGAUUAUCUCCGAGGUCCACCGUCAAUUCUUGAACGUCCCCAUUGGCUGCCAUAUUAUGACCCUAAAUGGAGUGAAAGUCGGCUUUGUGCAUCUUCAAGAAGCGGACCGCAGCGCCCUCUACACCAGCUUGGCUCUCUGCAUCCUCGUCCCGCUAACCAUUCUGAUCCUGGUGACUGCCCUCAUCUUCUUUAGAGUCGAUCUGGUGCUGGCUUACAGGAAACUGUCGAGAGGUUUCGCAAAACAACACGCUCCAGAUGGGAAGCUCUAUGAUGCCUAUGUGAGUUUCAUCCACCCUGGCACUCAGAGUUUGGCAGAGACGGCGAGGUUCGCCCUGCAGAUCCUGCCUGAGGAGCUGGAAAACAAACACGGCUACUCCCUGUACAUCAGGGGACGAGACGACUGCCCCGGAGAAGCGGUGCAUGAUGCUGUAGCUGCUACACUGAGCCAGUGUCGCAGACUGAUACUUAUCCUGUCCCCUUUGGAGAAAUCCUACAGUGAAGUCAAAACCGAAGAAGUUCCCAUAUGUGACAACCUGAACCAGCUGUGUUACGAGCACAAAGUCGGCCUUUAUGACGCUUUAACUCGAAACAGCCUGCGAGUGAUUCUGGUGGAGCUCGACGGCCCGGUGGAUUACAGUCUCCUGCCAGAGUCUCUGCGCUACAUAAAGAGGAAACAAGGAGCUCUGAAGUGGAGGACCACCUCAGCUGGAGUCCAUAAACUCAAGAAAUUAGACUCUAACAGAAACCUGUGGAAGAAUCUGAGGUACCAUAUGCCGUCAGUGCCUACAGGGAGACUCAAGACUGUGAAAACAGGUCACUUAUGCUAACAUUUUAAAGAUGUUUUUUUGUUUGUCACGUCAGGAUCUUGAAUCAAAUUUCCUGGAAAGAUGUUUGGACAAAUUGAUACCAAAUGGGGUUGUUGUCUGUACACGUACAAUAAUUAGUUGCGUGCAGGCAUGUAGAAAAAAACAACUGCUUGAUUUCCUCCAGGUAUAAAGCAGGCAUUUCAUAGAACAGGCUGUGUUCCACAGAUGCCAGAGUGUCUUUAUUUACUGGAACUGUAAUUCUCUGUAAUUUUUUUACUACAUUUUCUUUCCUACCUUGGCAAAUACUUUGUAAAAAUCCAAAAUGUGAAGAAGAAAAAAAAUCAGCUCACAAGUUUUCAGAAGUUUGAAAAUGAUCAGAGGAGGAUGUAAAGGUCACAGAUAUCAGCACAGUUGUAGUGCAUAAGAACAUUAAAAAAAAUCCACAUUGGCAGCUGACUUGAUCUGCAGUAACUGA